AAAAUUUCACUUUCUCUCUCUAAAAAAAAUAUACACACACAUAUAUUUCUAGAGAGAGAGAAAGAAAACACACACACACAAAUGUGUCCUUUACGAAUUAUUCUCAUAUUUCUAUCGGCAUCUCUCGCCGGAUUCUUCGCUCUCCGUAAUUUCAAAUCUCAUUCAAUCAUUCCUUCCGCCACCGACACUCCCGCGUCCUCCGACGAUUCUCCCGUUUCCGACGCUACUUCCGGCCGCCGAUCAUCUUCCAAGGUUUAUGUUGCAUUUAUGAAUGGAUUUUGGACUUGUGUUGAUAUGGCGAGUGGACGUUAUCUCUGGAGAAACCUAAUUUCUGUUUCCAAAAAAUCUGAUUGAUUUUUUCUAUAAUAUAGUGAAAGUGUGUGGAUGUGAGCUUCCUUUUCUAUGUACAGUUAGAACCAGAGUGGAUAUGAAUAUUGCAUUUUGCUCAGCUUUAGUUGUAUUUCCGAAGGAACACCUAAUCAUCAUGUCUAGGCUAUAUGAUAUAUAUCGAAGUAUUUCUUAUCUUUUGUAUGUCGUGAUUUUAGCUGUUGUGUGUUUUGAAGCUGUAAUAUGCAAGGUCCCUGCAGUUCUGAUCCUUGAAUAUCACAUUCUGUCUUGUAAAUUCUGGUGUAUGGCUUUACUUAUGUGGUGAAUUUUAAUCAAUAACCGAAAUAUGGAAGUA